GUGUUACUCUUAGCUUCUUUGAGGAUUCGGGUUGGUACACUGUUGAUUACUCAAAAGCAAUGAAAUGGGAAUAUGGUAGACAAUUAGGAUGUGACUUUAGCAUGAAAAGUUGCUUCGACUAUGCUGAAAUUAGACGACAGUACGGCAGGAAAAUUAUCCCAUUCUGUGACAAUGUCAAUGAAGCAAGAUGUCGGGAUGCAUUCUCAUAUGGAACGUGCAGUAUUUUAAGAUAUCAAAAUCCAGUUCCCAUAGAAGAUCGUUUCUUUCUAAAAGCCCCAUUUGAUACUCAAUAUGGUCCUGAAUAUUUCGGUGGGGAAGAUCCAUUUAAAGAUUAUUGUCCAACAAUGGCUUAUGUUAAAGGUUUGGGCAGUGAAUAUUCAGCUACAUCAUUCUGUACACAUCAGGAGAAUGAGAAAUUAUCACGUGAAGGCAUUAACCGAUACUAUCAAACAUAUGGAUCAAAAGGGAUUUGUGUUGAACAUCGAAGUGUUUGGACUUACACCGACAAAUAUAUAUACACUUUAGGGACAUAUUUGAAAGGAAGUUGUCAUAAGUACAAGUGUUAUAAUGAUGGAACGCUUGGUUUAUUCUUUAAAGAUUCAACUGUGAAUUGUACCAGGAAAGAUCUGCCAGUACGUUUUAAUGUAACUGAUGGAAAAUCGACACUUAGUGGGGAAAUCUUAUGUCCUAAUGUUAACAGGUUUUGCAGGGUAAGGACCUAAUACUUCCACGUUGAAAAUUAAUAGCACUGUACAACUUAAUUGCAGAUAAUUGUAAAAUUUCGUAUUAUAUUUAUUACUGAACAAUAAUAAUGCAAUAUAAAAUGUAUGUGAAUGUACUAUUUUUGAUCCA